AUGAUAACGCAAUAAUGUGGAUUGCACCUGCAGGAAAGCUCGGCUUUAACACUCUGCUCGUUCUUAUCAUCGAUUUUAUUCUGGCUACAGAUGCUAAAUCCACAAAAAAACCCACCAGAGCACCACCACAGGUGCCGACCACCAUGACAUCACCAUCAUCUUCAUCCCAUACGGCAGUUCCAGGUACCUCUGUGAUCAUCAUCCUCUCGGUCUUUGCGGUUCUUCUGCUCUUUGCUAUUGUUCUCUACUUGUUUAUUAAAUGGAAACGAAAUAAACACGAUCACAGUUCCUCAUCUAACACAGAUCACUUAAACAACAGACAGCUUGAACAUACUGCAGAGGACUACGAGGAGAUUAAAGACUACAGAUUCCACGCAGAUCAACAUGCUGUUUACAACAACAUUAACAAAGCCACAGAUCCCUCAGAUUCACCUACUGAGCUUGAACAUACUGCAGAGGAUUUCAAUGAGAUUAAAGAUACGGAAUAUCAUACAGAACUAUGCAGCGAGAACACCAUUACUGAGACACCAACAGAUCCUUCAGAUCCCUCGGAACCUCCCACAGAUCCGACUCAAAGCCACGAGUACAAAGAAGUGAACUUCCUGCCGCAUUCACACUGUUCUGAACUCGAAUCUGCUUCCAGCUCUCCAGUACAGGAGAUGAAUGAUUAAUGUACUUGUCAAUCAUCUGUCAACAGACCAGACUCCUGAUAUUUAAAUAACAUUGUCUGGCUUUUUUGUGGUCGAUCAGAUAUAUUCCAUUCAGCUAGCAUGAUACUGAACAAGUCGAAGAUGAGGAGCUGAAUGGAAUGUAUUUGAUAUACCAUGAAAAAAGCCAUCCAAUAUUAUUAUUAUUAUUAUUAUUAUUAUUAUUAUAUACACAUUCCUUUCGGGCAUUCAACGCAUCUUUCUCUUUCAAAAUUCUCUCAAAAUAUUCCGUAUUUAAGCAAGCAAACCUGGCAGCCAUGUUUGUUUAUAAAUUGUCACAGUCGCUCGCUAGUGCGGAAAUUUAAAGUCUCCAAUGUGUGACAUCAUGUUGUCCUGACAACCAUGCAAUAUCAUAAACCAUAUUCAACACUCAUUCUCCAUUGUGUAGAGUGAUGUAAAACACAUAGGAUAAGCGAUAUGCUAACAAUAUUGCAUGCUGUCAAACCAAAUGAAUGAAACCCGCUAGAAGGGAAUAGAACACAUUUUUAUUCCAUUAAAAAAGUGUGUUAGAUAAUUAAAUUUUAUUGUAACUACACCUUAUCUGAGUGUUUCAUGGCAGAAAUAUCUGACUUUUCAGUCGGUUAUAUUAAUGCUUACAUUUAUGAAAUAUGCAUUUGUAUCAAUUUUUUAUUUUAGUUGUAAGUUACUAUAGGCUUGAUUUUCAUAAAAUAAAACAAAUAAACCCAUACAAUAUGCGUGUCCACCAACACACCAGCAGCACUUGCUGUGCAGUAAGCGCCUAUCCAUUUACAUUGUAAAUUGCAAAUUUUUGAUCGCAAUGUACCAAUGUGAAAAAUAUGGUCUGCUUCACAAGAGUUAGGUAUUUUAUAGAAAAAACCUGAAUGUUCAGAGUAUGCACUCAGAUUUGCAGGAUAUUGCUUAGUUUUGACACACCGAUCUUUUUUUCUGAAUGUUGAUGGUGCAAUCGCUGGGCGUGGCCAUGUUGGAUUUUGGUCGAAAGUGGAUGAUGUGCCGCCCCUGUGAUUCUAGACUCUAGCUCACUUUCUAUUGGUCGAAACUGUCCAAAAUCGAUACCAGAAGUAGGGAACAAUGAUGACCCCUGGUGGGCCUUUUCACUGUAAUUUUGGUCAAACCGGAAGCCAGCCAGAGACAGCGGAAGAUCUAGUGACGGUCAAUAGAUGUGUAUCCUUCCAUGGAAAACAAUAAAAAUAGUAGAUUCUGGGGAAUAGGGGAAAAACGAAGGUUCAGGGAUGUUAAUAAUAUUGUUCUGAAGAAGCUACAUUGGAUUAGAAACAUGAUUGAUAGAUAGCGCUUUUGAGCAUCGCCCUUUGUAAAGUAACCUGUGGAACUGUGCCACCAGUAUGCAAUAAGGUGUGUUUGAAUGGCAAUUAGGUGAGUUUAAAUAAAUUUUAGUAGUUUACAUAAUCUCCCUAUGUAAAUAAUGCAAUUAACUUUCACAAUAGAUUAAAAAAAAUACGAGAGUAAAAGGUUAUUUUUAAACUCUGAGCAACUGAUAGACAUGUUUUAGGCACAAGGAUCUCUCUUGAAUGUGCUUUACUGUACUUUCUUGAGAUGGAUGUACAUUACUGGACACGGCCAAUUAAGGCUUACAGGAAAAAAAUAAAAUAAAAUAAAUGUCCAAAAAUGGAAAAUUUCAAACGGCUGUGACUUUUGUUCUAUUUAACCAAUGGGGGAAAAAAAACAGUUUUGAAUUCAGACUGCCAUACCCUUUCUUUUGUUAUGCCACACUCCUUGAUUACAAGUAGAUUUAAAAAUGCCAUGUCAUUGUGAAUAUAGUGUGUUAUGCUGGAAUAAGAAUAAAUGUUUUUGCUA